UUGAUAUCAUAUAUCUGCUGCCAGCAGGAUGCUUGCCUUUCAUUCUAAUCAGAUAUGAGGCUUAAUGUUUGGAUGUAGGUCCCUAUCUUGAUUGAAAAAAGGAACCUGCCAGAGAGAAUGACAAAAGUUGGACUUAUUGGAGUGCUACUGUUACCCCAGGCGUCAUCCUGGUGUCUUCCUCAUGUUAAUCUAAUGAAAGAGGAGGAUACGUGCCUGACAGAUCUGCUGCUUUUGACACAACAAACAGAAAACAAUAUCAGUGUACACUGUAAGGGAAUGUGGGAUGAGCUGAACUGCUGGCCUCCUGCUUCUCUCGGAGAAACCGUCUCUCAGCCGUGUCCAGAGUUUUUCAGCUCGGAGGCUAAAGUGCAUCGUAACUGCACGGCCAGUGGCUGGACGGACCCUCUGGUCCCACAUGAAGACGCAUGCGGCUACACCUUCAAUGAGACUCUCCACUUCCUUGGAGAGUCCCAUUCGUAUUUCUCCUACGUGAAGACCAUGUACACGGUGGGAUACGCCCUCUCCCUCAUCUCCCUCUCCAUCGCCGUCACCAUCUUCUGUCUGUUCAGAAAGCUGCACUGCACCAGGAACCACAUUCACAUCCAGCUGUUUGUCUCCUUCAUCCUGAGAGCCAUCUUCAUCUUCAUCAGAGACUCCCUGCUGUUUCACAAUGAGGAGCUCUACCACUGUGACGCCUACCCGGUGGUGUGUAAGGUGGUGCUGAUGUUUUCCAACUACUCCAUUCUGGCCAACUACAGCUGGCUUCUGGCGGAGGGUCACUUCCUGUUUACUCUGGUGAGCCGCUCCUUCUUCUCCCUGAAGAAACACCUGGCCUGGUACAUCGUCCUGAGCUGGGGUUUACCUCUGAUUGUCAUCGUCUCCUGGGGAUGUGCAAAGUACUUUUAUGAAGACGAAGGCUGUUGGGAAACCAGGAGGCAUGAGUGGAUUUGGUGGAUACUCCGAGUGCCAGUUCUUCUGACUAUAUCUAUGAACCUCGUCUUUUUCUUGGGCAUUUUGAGGAUCCUGGUGAACAAGCUCAGGAUGCCAGAUGCACAGAGGAAUGAAUUCAGCCAGUAUAAGAGGCUGAUCAAAUCCACCUUCUUCCUGGUGGCUCUGUUCGGUCUGCACUACAUACUGUUUGUGUUCCUACCUGUGGAAGUCAGCAGCUCCGUGUUUCAGAUCUGGACCUUUGCAGAGCUGGCUCUGUCCUCCACUCAGGGCUUUGUGGUCUCGGUGCUCUACUGCUUCAUGAACGGGGAGGUUCAGCAUGAGAUCCAGAGGAGGUGGAGGAGGUGGAGGCUGACCCAGCACCUCCCCAGCAGGAGGAGGCAGCACCACGGCUCCAUCAGCCACAGCGGCUCCCCCCACACACAGGUCUCCCUGCUGCCCUGCCCCCCCGCUGGCCCCGUGGACACCGUGGAGAUGUGACUUCAGCUCAAAUCCGCUCGUUUCCUCUCUCCACCCAGCGACACCUGAUUGAUCCUGGAUCAGCUUAGCUGAGAGUCGAUCAGGACACGACUGUAGAGGGAGGGUUUCUGAUGCCUGGACUGAUUUUAUUUGAAGACAUAAGGAUGUAGAACGCACUAAGGAGGCCCAGUUAGUAGUAUCAAACUUAAUUUGUCUUGAAAUACCAAUGUAUGACCAUUCAAGAGAUAAUGUGGAUGCUUUUUUAACUGGGGUUGUUAUCCAUAGUCAGUGUGUUACUACAGAGGGUUGCAGUCUGCAGAAAUAGACAAUAAUAUCAGCACUGUAGCUAAGCAAACUUAUAUUAAGACAUAUAAAAGAAAGACCAACUUAAAAGUAAUUCAAGCUUCAUUGUACGUGUCGAUAU